UACAUAUAAAGUAGGUUUGUUUUGAAGUACAGGUAAAUCAGCUCUGUUGUAAGCGAUUAGGUCAGCUUCUACCCAAACUUCCUUCAGUUCUUCCUUUUAAAAUUUUCUUAGGCAUAUAAUGCAGUGUUCAUAAGAGCUGUUCCACCUCUUGUUACCAUUUCACCUGUUAAUAAAAGAUGUUGUCUCUUCCCAAGGAUUACUACGGAAUUACAUUCCCUGCUCCUGCAACCUUGACGGGCAGAGAUGGGAGCCUUGCAAACAAUCCGUACUCAGGUGACGUAACGAAAUUUGGCCGUGGGGAUUCUGCCUCCCCUGCUCCUGCCACCACGCUCGCCCAGCCGCAGCAGAGCCAGACGCAGACUCACCACACCACUCAGCAGCCCUUCCUCAACCCGACCCUGCCCCCGGGCUACAGCUACACUGGGUUACCUUAUUACGCUGGCGUGCCCGGGGUACCCAGUGCAUUCCAGUAUGGGCCAACCAUGUUUGUGCCUCCAGCAUCUGCUAAACAGCACGGAGUCAACCUGAACACGGCCUCGACUCCCUUCCAGCAGGCGAGUGGCUACGGGCAGCACAGCUAUGGAGCAGGUGUUUCUGUGACCUCAAGUAACACAGGUGUGCCUGAUAUCAGUGGCUCAGUCUACAACAAGACUCAGCUGGGGGAACUGGUGUCUGGCUGGGAUCCACGCUUACAGACUUUUGACAAGCAGGGAUUCCAUGCUGGCACGCCACCUCCUUUCAGCCUGCCCUCUGCUCUGGGAUCGACUGGGCCCCUGAACCCUGGUGCUGCCCCGGGUUAUGCUCCAGCCCCGUUUCUCCAUAUCCUGCCUGCUCAUCAGCAGCCUCAUUCCCAGAUGCUGCAUCACCAUCUUCAGCAAGAUGGGCAGGGUGGAUCUGGUCAACGCAACCAACCCAGCACCAUGCAGCAAAAGUCUCAGGCUACCAAAACCGCCUAUGGCACUUCUCCAUACUGGACAAACUAAAUCCGACACCGGGGAGGGGGGAAAGAGUGAAAGGAGACGAGGGGAAAACAAAAAGAAAGAAAGAAAAAAAAAAAACAAACAAACCACAAAAACAAACGAAAGAA